AAAAAUGUAAACAAGGAAGUAGAGAAAGUCAGUUUCUUCCUGGUUACUGGUAUGAAUUUUAGCACUUUCCUUUAGCAAAAUGACAGCCAUUUACGAAACAUUUAAGGAAUUUAUAAAUGAUGUGGAAAAGUUUCUGGUAGAAACUAUAAAGAAAGAAGCCUUAUCAAAGUCCUCCAAGGACCACAAACAGACAAUCCUUGACAAGAUUGGGAGACUGCGGGAGGAAUUCACCCAGUUAGCCCCGGAGAAACCAACUGAAGACACAAAAGCAGGUGACCUAAGUUUUACUGAUGAAUCAACAAGGACAGGAGGUAGUUCAAAUGCUGAUGAUGAUGACCAGUAUGGAGAUGCCAAUAUCCCAGCUAUUCCUGCUCAGGAGCUAACAGACACAUUCAAAUGUGGAUUCCUGGAGAAAAAACAAAAGAAAGGAAAACUGUUAUUUAGUGGUCCAAAACUACAGAAGCGAUGGUGUGCCAUCAAGAACAACAUUUUCUAUUAUUAUGAAUCUGCCAAGGAACGUAAACAGCACGGAGCAUUUUACUUGAAUGGAUAUACUGUGGAGGAUGCUCCUGAUGUCGUGGAUAAAAAGGACACUGCUCGACGGGAGCUGGGAUUUCAACUAGUCUGUCCUGCAAAAAGAACGUACCAGUUUGUUGCUCAGUCUAAGGAAGACUAUGAAGACUGGAAGGUUGCCAUAAUGAAAGGAGCUCUCAGUGCUUCCUCCAAGGAUAACAUACUAAAUGAUGAUGAACCAGGAGAGGUUUAUGAAGAUGUGGACAAUGCAGACAAUGCAGCUCCAGAGGAACUGUAUGAUGACACACUUGAAGAGCCAGAACCUCCCCCCAAACCUGUCAACAAAGGCCCCCCCUCCAUUCCCCGCCCACCUCCCCCAGACGAGCCCACCUGUGACGAGAUUUAUGAUGAUACUGUCAACCCAGAUGAUGUUCAAGAGGAAUAUGAUGAUUGUAUGACAGGUCAACAGCCACCACCCCCCACACCACCACCCCCCACUCCUUCUAGAUCCUUACCUGAAAUACCUGGAUCCAAGAAGCCUCUCCCUGCUGUUCCUCCUACCCCACCACCAUCCACACACAAGCCUCUUCCAAGCAUUCCAGCACCAAGUAUUCCUCCUCCAGAAGUGCCAAUAGAGACCAAGCCCGAGAAAAACGCCGAGCCCCAGAUUCCACCUGAUCAGGAUUACGAAAACAUGUUCUUGGGUAAAUAUGACUGCAGGGCUGAUCGCAAUAAUGAACUGGCCUUCAAACGUGGUGAUAAACUGUACAUCAUUAGCCGAAAGUUUGAUGACAAAAGCUGGUGGGUGGCAGAACUCAAUGGAAAAUUUGGUCUGGUGCCAAAAAAUUAUCUUACCCCCGCUUAUGAACUGGCAAGAUAAAAUGUUUAAGAGAUUCUGACAUUUGAGGAGAAGAAUUUUUUAUUCACAUGUUGUUGAUUUCAUGACUUGUUCUUUGCUUGCUUUAUUUAUAUGUACUUGUGCAAUACUGUUCUAAUAGUCAUUUGAAAUAAUAUGAUAAUAAUGAUUUUUAUGCCCCCCUUCGAAGAAGGGAGGGCAUAUUGCUUUGCUGCUGUCUGUUGGUCAGUCUGUCUGUCUGUCGGUCCACCAACAGUUUCCGUUCAUUUUCUUCGCAGAGGUUGCUCAUAUUGAAAUGAAAUUUUGUAUGGAGAUUUAUCAUAAGAAUAUCUAGGUCAAGUUCUGUUUUGGGUACAAUCAAGCAAUUAUUGACAGAGUUAUGCCCCUUGGACUUAGAAAAAUUCCAAUUAUUUGCAGUUUCCGUUCAUUUUCUUUGCAGAGGUUGCUUAUACUGAAAUGAAAUUUAAUUUACAGAUUUAUCAUAUGAAUAUCUAGGUCAAGUUUUGUUUUGGGUACGAUCAAGCAAUUUUUGACAGAAUUAUGCGCCUUAGACUUUGAAAAAUUCCAAUUAUUUGCAGUUUCCGUUCAUUUUCUUCACAGAGGUUGGACAUAAUGAAAUGAAAUUUUGUUUUACAGAUGUAUCAUAUGAAUAUCUAGAUCAAGUUCUAUCGAGCAAUUUUUGACAGAGUUAUGUCUCUUGGACUUAGAAAAAUUCAAUUAUUUGUGGGGGGGGGGGGGCAUAAGUGUUUCAUAAACAUCUCUUGUUGAAUCAUGUAUCUAUAUACACAAAAAAUAUUUUGUAUAGAUUUUAUCAUUUAAUUAAAAAGUGUGAUUUUUUUGGUUU